AUGGGCCUGGAGGUGACUGAGGAGGAUGUCUACCAGCUGGUGGAGGAACACGACCGUGACCUAACCACCGAGGAGCUGGUGGAAUUGCAGAAGGAGGCGAUGGAGGAGCAGACCGCAUUUGAGGAGGAGGAGGAGGAAAUGAGUGAGGAACAGCUCUCUUCCACGGCACUCAAGGAGGCAUGCCAAAUGUGGGUAAACCUACAGACUUUUGUACAGCAGCGCCACCCAGAUAAGGCUCUAGCCCACAGACCUGUGAGCAGUUUUGACACAGACAUCAUGUCCCCUUUCCGAGGGAUGCUUAAAAGGCGCCAGAGGCAGCAGACAAUGGAAAGGUUCCUACAAAAACAGCCUAGACAUGAAGAAGAACUUGCUUGUGUUAGUGCUGCCCAAUUGCCCUCGUCCAACUCAUCUUCUAAAAAGCGUUAA